AACCGACACCAAGAGGUGGGAAUUUAGCAGAGAGCAGGGAGAUGUGGAAGCUUAAGGUAGCUGAAGGUCACGGGCCUUAUCUGUUCAGCACCAACAACUAUGCGGGAAGGCAGAUCUGGGAGUACGAUCCCGAAGGCGGGAGCCCGGAAGAGCGAGCAGAGGUUGAAAAGGCUAGAGAAGAAUACAAGAGGAUCUACAAAAAGGAUAGAGCCAGGGCUCUUCCCUGUGCUGAUCUUCUUAUGCGGAUGCAGCUGAAGAAGGAGAACAGCCACAUAGAUCUAAGUAUACCACCAGUGAGAAUAGGGGAAAAAGAAGAAGUCACCUAUGAAGCUGCGACUACGGCUUUGAGGAAAGCUGUUCGACUGAACCGCGCCAUCCAAGCAAGAGAUGGUCACUGGCCAGCUGAAAUUGCAGGCCCAAUGUUCUUCACUCCACCCCUACUUAUAACAUUGCACCUAAGUGGAGCAAUCAACACCAUUCUAACUCAAGAACACAAGAAAGAGCUCAUUCGCUAUAUCUACCUUCAUCAAAAUGAGGACGGGGGAUGGGGAUUUUACAUAGAGGGGCACAGCACCAUGAUUGGGUCGGCACUUAGCUAUGUGGCUCUCCGGUUGCUGGGAGAAGGGCCUGAUGAUGGAGAAGGCGGAGCCAUGAGCAAGGCCAGGAAAUGGAUCCUUGACAAUGGUGGAGCAACUGGCAUUCCUUCCUGGGGAAAGACUUAUCUAGCGGUGCUUGGAGUGUACGAAUGGUCAGGCUGCAACCCGCUGCCCCCGGAAUUCUGGCUUUGGCCUUCAAUUUUGCCUUACCAUCCAGCAAAAAUGUGGUGUUAUUGUCGGACUACCUAUAUGCCAAUGUCAUAUUUAUAUGGGAGGAAAUGGCACGGGCCUAUCACUGAUUUUAUCAAGCAACUGAGGCAAGAAAUUCACACCAAGCCAUAUGAUGAGAUAGAUUGGAACAAAGCGCGUCAUGAUUGUUGCCAGGAGGACCUCUACUAUCAUCACAGCUUCAUACAAGAUCUGCUCUGGGACACACUCCAUUAUCUAAGUGAGCCGAUUAUGAGCAGGUGGCCCUUCAACAAAAUCAGAGAGAGGGCCAUCCGGAAAACGAUAAAGUACAUGCGGCAUGGAGCAGAGAGUAGCAGAUAUAUCACCAUUGGAUGUGUGGAAAAGAGUCUGCAAAUGAUGUGUUGGUGGGCAGAGGACCCAAAUUGCGACGAGUACAAAUACCAUCUUGCCAGGGUUCCUGAUUACUUGUGGCUUGCCGAAGAUGGAAUGAAAAUGCAGAGUUUUGGGAGCCAGCUAUGGGACUGUGCUCUUGCAACUCAGGCACUUCUAGCGAGCAAUAUGGCUGAGGAAUAUGGGGAUUCUCUUAAGAAGGCACACUUCUACUUAAAAGAAUCACAGAUCAAAGAAAAUCUUGUGGAUUACGAAAACAUGUAUCGCCAAUUUUCUAAAGGAGCAUGGACUCUCUCUGAUCAAGAUCAAGGUUGGGCCGUCUCAGAUUGCACAGCUGAAGCACUAGAGCGUCUACUAAUUCUUUCACAAAUGCCUACUGAGAUUGCUGGAGAGAAAGCAGACACAGAGAGGAUAUAUGAUGCAGUCAAUGUCCUCCUUUACUUGCAGGGUCAUGAAGGUGGUUUUGCUAUUUGGGAGAAACCAGUUCCAUUACCAAUGUUACAGGUGUUGAAUCCCUCGGAGAUUUUUGCUGACAUUGUUGUUGAGACAGUGCACGUUGAAUGCACUGCAUCGAUUAUUCGGGCUCUGCUAGCAUUCAAACGCCUACAUCCAGAGCAUCGGGAGAAAGAAAUAGAUGUUGCUGUGCCUAAAGCAAUACGUUUUCUUGAGGACAGACAAUGGCCUGAUGGUUCUUGGUAUGGGUACUGGGGAAUUUGCUUCAUCUAUGGCACAUUCUUUGUGCUAGGAGGGAUGGCUUCAGCUGGAAUGACUUAUAACAACAGCGAAGCAGUUCACAGAGGUGUCGAGUUUUUGCUUUCAAUACAAAAUGAAGAGGGAGGCUGGGGAGAGAGCCUUGAAUCAUGCCCAUCCAUGAAAUAUCAACCACUGGAAGGAAAUCGAACAAAUCUAGUACAGACAUCGUGGGCUAUGCUAGGCCUUCUUCACAGUGGACAGGCUGAGAGGGAUCCAACACCAUUACAUAGAGCAGCAAAGCUACUAAUUAAUGCACAGAUGGAUGACGGUGAUUUUCCACAACAGGAAAUUACUGGAGUCUACAUGAAGAACUGUAUGCUACAUUAUGCACAAUACAGGAACAUUUUCCCAACGUGGGCACUGGGAGAGUACCGCAAACGUGUUUGGCCUUCUUCCCAGAAAGCCUAAGUCUUGUGUGUCACUGUAUACUGCCAAUGUAAGCCGUAGUGAGUCAAUAACCAAAUCAAUUAUCAGUACAAUAUUGGAAAAUCCCAUGUAUUUUGUAAGUUAUAAUCAGUAAAAUGUAAAUCACUUGUAUCAAGUCUUCCAAAAACAUGUUAUACUUCGUAUCAAAUCUUCUGAAAA